AAAAACAAAAAGAAAGUCGAAAAGAAUAUGAAGUGUUUGUGUUUUAUCGUGCUUUUAGCGAUUGUGAUCGCACAAAGCUAUGUAGGAGUAGAAGCUGCGCCAAGUGAUGGGUUCGUGAGCAGGAAUGGCGUCCAAUUUAUUCUCAAUGGGAAACCAUUUUACGCUAAUGGCUUCAAUGCCUACUGGCUCGCGUACGAAGCUACCGAUCCAGCCACAAGAUUUAAGAUCACUAAUGUGUUUCAAAACGCAACUAGUCUCGCCGAAGCAAAAAGAGUCGGUAUAAAAUUGAUAAUCCCCCUUGUCAAUAAUUGGGAUGACUACGGAGGGAAAAAACAAUACGUGGAUUGGGCUAGAAGUAAAGGCGAAAUGGUAUCUUCCAAUGACGAUUUCUACAGAAACCCAGUUAUUAAAGAGUUCUACAAGAACCACGUCAAGACUAUGUUGAACAGAGUGAAUACAUUUACUAAAGUUGCAUACAAAGAUGAACCAGCCAGUAUGGCUUGGCAGCUUAUGAACGAGCCACGAUGCGGUGUGGAUAGAAGUGGAAAAACCCUUAUGGCUUGGAUUAAUGAAAUGGCUCUUUUUGUAAAAUCAGUUGAUCCAAACCAUCUCCUCUCUACUGGUCAUGAAGGUUUCUAUGGUGACUCAUCUCCUGAAAGAAAGAAUUCACUAAAUCCAGUUUCAGCCAACACAGUUGGAGCUGAUUUCAUAGCUAAUCACAAUAUCGAUGCCAUUGAUUUCGCAUCGAUGCACUGUGGAAGUGACUUAUGGUUUCAAAGGUUGGAUCAGAACUCUCGAUUGGCCUUCAUAAAAAGAUGGCUUGAAGGCCACAUCGAAGAUGCGCAAAACAAUCUUAAAAAACCUGUAAUUCUAGCAGAAUUCGGGUUAGGAUCAGACACACCACGCUACACUCUGGCUAAUAGAGACGACGUGUUCACCACAACAUAUGACAUCAUUUACGAUAUCUACGCAAAAAGGCGGCUCGGCCGCGGGAGCAUUGUUUUGGGAGGUUAUUAG